AUGGAGAGUCAAAUGGCAUGUGAGGGCAAAGGCGUCAGUAAACAUAUCUGGGUCAUCCCCUUCCCAGCAUGCGGCCAUAUUCUUCCUCUCGUCGACUUAACCCAUCAGCUCCUUCUUCGUGGCCUAACGGUGACAAUCUUGGUCACACCCAAAAACCUUUGCUAUCUGAACCCUCUUCUCUCUUUGCACUCUCCCAGUAAUGUUCAAACCCUUGUCUUUCCCUUUCCUUCUCACUCUUCCCUCCCUCCUGGAGUUGAGCAGAUGCAAGACCUCCCUAUAUCCUUUGUUCCUGACAUCGCAACUGCCUUGGGUAAACUCUAUGAACCUUUGUUUCAGUGGUUUCAAAGCCACCCAUCUCCCCCUGUUGCUAUUCUCUCUGAUACAUUGCUCAAUUCUUGGACUACAAAGCUAGCUUCCCAUCUCAACAUCCCUAAUAUCAGUUUCCUUCCGUUCAAUGUCAGAGCAGUGUCUUCGUGGUUCGGAAAACUGAACAUCAUGCCAUCCUUUUACACGGAGGCAUAUAUGGCAAGUAUACAAAGUUGGGGGCUUGUUUUUAACUCCUUCAAAGAGUUGGAAGGCGAAAAUUUGGAUAUCAUUAAGGAGAAGUUCACCCGACAUGAUCGGGUUUGGGGCGUCGGGCCUUUGCCGCCUGCAAAAGCUGGGGACAAAGGCCUCACUCAGAGAGGUGGACGGAGUUCAAUGCCCCCUGAUCAAGUAAUGACAUGGCUCGAUUCCUACGUGGACAAAUCAGUCGUCUACGUGGGAUUUGGGAGUCAAAUUACGUUGACCAAGCAGCAAAUGAAGGCACUGGCCUCAGCGUUGGAAGAGAGCGGGGUUCGUUUCAUUUGGGCUGUCAAGGAUCCGAUGAAAAGAGUGCAAGAUGGCGAUGAUGAUCAGAGUAUGAUACCUCAGGGGUUCGAAGAUCGUGUGGCAGGGAGAGGCCUCGUGAUCAAAGGGUGGGCUCCCCAAGUGGCGAUUCUCAGGCACCGGGCCGUUGGUUCUUACUUGAGUCAUUGCGGUUGGAACUCAGCACUGGAAGGGAUCCUUGCUGGAGUGUUGUUGCUUGCUUGGCCCAUGCAAGCCGACCACUUCCACAUCACCAAGCUGUUGGCAGAUGAAUUCGGGGUGGCUAUCCGAGUUUGCAAGGGUUUAAGGAGUAUCCCUGAUUCGGCCAAACUAACUCGGAUCUUUGUUGACUCCACAAGCAUGGCGCUGCCAGAAAGAGGUCGAGCCAUAGAGCUGCAGAAAACUGCACUAAACGCCAUCAGAAAAGGUGGAAGCUCGUACCAGGCUCUUGAUAAACUAAUUGAAGAGUUGUCUAGCUUUAAUGGCAACAAAAUCAAGGAAAAUAAAAUAAGAUCGUCUAUUGCGGAGCAAGAACGUCUCCACCAGCUUUUUAUUCAGGUCAUUACCUCUUUGAAUGGGAAUACAGAGGAUGAGUUUAAGUCUUCAUGCCAGGAAACACAGGUAGCAACUGCCCUUGACACUGUGGAGCAACUUGUGGAAGAACAACAUCUUGACCCUUUGUUUUCAGAUAAGACCAAUAUAAUGGAUGUGGUGCACGAUCUGUGAACAGAAAAGAAGGCUGACAUCCAAUACUUAAGGGGCCUGCUGGAAAGGGCUGCAGAACAUAAUCGUCUCUUCCGAGCUCGGGUUGAGCUACUUCAGAAUAGAAAGCAAGAAGUCUCGAGCAUGAAAGAUGUUGAGAAGGUAAGGGGUGGAAUUUUAAGUUAUGGGGAACGUAAAAUAUCUGGUUUUAGUGAUCUGCAAUUGGAGGGCUAA